AUGGCUGCCCCCAGCCGGUGUGGAGUUGGGGUGUUUCGGGGGGUCCUAGGGAUCUGGAAGCAGGGUCCCGAUUCCGCGAAGGGAUGGGUGGCCCCGAUCCGCUCCCUUCUAGGUUGUCAGAGGAGGUGCGUGUCUUGUGUCGUGGGCACUUUCGCCAGUCCCCGCCUGGCUCCUGCCUCUCACCGUUAUGGCCAAGGCUCAGCUCUAGACCGCUUCCUCGGAAUCACUCAGCCUGACAGUUCGCUGACUCCUCGCGUCCCAGCCGUGUCCAUGUGUAAAGAUGAGCAGGAUCAACUCUUGAUUCAGUCCCCUGACAUGCCUGAGAAUUCUCGGGUUCUACGAGUGGUCCUCCUGGGAGCCCCAAAUGCAGGGAAGUCAACGCUCUCCAACCAGCUGCUGGGCAGAAAAGUAUUCCCUGUGUCCAAGAAAGUUCACACUACUCGCUGCCAAGCUCUGGGGGUCAUCACAGAGAAAGAGGCGCAGGUGAUUCUGCUUGACACACCUGGCAUCAUCAGUCCUGUUAAACAGAAGAGGCACCAUCUGGAGAGCUCUUUGUUGGAAGAUCCAUGGAAGAGCAUGGAAUCUGCUGAUCUUGUUGUAGUUCUUGUGGAUGUCUCAGAUAAGUGGACUCGGAAUCGACUCAGCCCCCAGGUGCUCCAGUGUUUGACCCAGUUCUCCCAGGUUCCAAGUGUCCUUGUCUUGAACAAGGUAGAUUGCCUGAAGCAGAAGUCAGUUCUCCUGGAGCUUACAACAGCCCUCACAGAAGGUGUAGUCAAUGGCAAGAAGCUCAAUAUGAGGCAGGCCUUCCGCUCAUAUCCUGGCACCCAUUGCCCCAGCCCAGCAGCUAAGGACUCAAACACACAGUUUGUGGAAAAGACACAGAAGAUUGGCUGGCCCCAUUUUCAGGAGAUCUUCAUGUUGUCAGCCCUAAGCCAGGUGGAUGUGAACACAUUAAAGCAAUAUCUCUUGGCACAGGCCCAGCCAGGGCCCUGGGAGUUCCAUAGUGAAGUCCUCACUAGCCAGACACCCGAAGAGAUCUGUGUCAACAAAGUUCGAGAGAAGCUUCUAGAACACCUACCAAAGGAGGUGCCCUAUGGUGUGCAGCAGAAGACAGUGUUAUGGGAGGAAGGACCGAAUGGGGAGCUGUUGAUCCAACAGAACCUUCUGGUACCCAAAGAAUCUCAUAUGAGGAUCCUGAUAGGUAAAAAGGGCCAACUGAUCUCCCAAAUUGCACAGGAAGUGAGUCGGGACCUCAUGGACAUCUUCCUCUGUGACGUUCACCUCUGCCUCUCUGUGAAACUCCUCAAGUGAACACCUUCUGUUGCCCCUCUCAGGGCAUCCCAGCUCAAGCAGCUAGCGGGAGUCACAGACUAUACCUGCGUGCAGAGCCUGGUGAGGAAUAUGGACACUGACUAGCCACCGUUUGACCUGGCUUUGCUGAGUCUGCACAGUCCCAGCAAUGUCUCCUUUGGAGGAAAGAACCUGCCUGAGUUCAGUUCCUGUGUAAUUUCUCUGCCUGGGCCCACAAUUACAUAGGUCUCAGACUUUGGGCCUACAGUGGAAGCAGCACCUCCAUUCCGCAGGUCACAUUGGGCCCAGAGUCUCACCCUGAGAAGCUAAUUGUUAGUAAAGAAGAGAUCUUUCUCUUCUCCCCAUAGUUCCUUCACCUUGAAGAAAUAUAAAAACAUGUUUCUUUUUGGCAUA